AUGACACAGGGCAUGAAACUAGUCGGGGUAUCCAUAGUGGUCUUUCUAACUGCUGCUGCCUCUCUUGCACUUUUGAACUUCUCUUUGCCACCACAUCUCGACCUUCUUGGAUUUUUAUCUAAUCGUGUUUUCUUGUUUACAAUGUUUAACACCAUAACUUUUGCCAUCUUUGCCAAAAGUUUUAAACCAUCUAUGGAUGAAUUUGCAGAACCUUUCCUCCACUUUGGUUAUUAUGAGGAAGAGGAAGCCCAAAGCAAAGACAGACCUAAUGAUGAUGACAGCAGCUAUCACAGAAGCAAUUGUGAUUAUGAUGAUUAUGAUGAUGAUGAUAAUGCAUAUUAUUAUGGUUCAGAUGAUGGUUAUGAUGAAGACGACGAUGAUGAUGGCAGUGAUGAUGAGAUUGGCUGGGAUAGCAAUGAAGAACAUGAUGAUUUGGAGAGCAGGAUUGAUGAAUUCAUCACAAAGGUCAUUACAGGAUGGAGAGAAGAAUUGUUAAGGGACAACCUUUACAACAACUAUAAAGUACAACCAUAA